AGAAACCACAAAGAGACUGUCCAAUCAGAGAACGCUCUAAGAACCGGAUGUGACGUACCGUAUUAUGCUCCGCCUAUUAAACAUUGGACAUAACCGCUUGGCGCCUUAAAGAAGAACGGCGUGAACAUAGAUGAAAUUCAAAAGGGUGAACACGAGCGGGUGACAGUCAAGUUUUCUCAUCAAUGUGGCGCCGGUGAUGAUUGAAUGAUAAAUUAGAUGUGUCCGUGAGCGAAGAUUUUAGCAAAGAACACGAGUUAGAACGAUCAUUUUUCUGAAUAGACAGAGAGAGUAAACUAGAGUAUUAUUACCUGAAAGAUUUGCGCACGUUGACGCUUUCAGCGAACUUUGCUAAUCUAUUCGAAUGACGAUGACAGUGUGCUGACCGUUCCACCGAUUCGGUAGUUAUGGCGAACAUCGCGGCACAGAGAAUCAAACGCGAAUUUAAAGAGGUUAUAAAAAGUGAGGAGGUUGCAAAAUGCGCAAUUAAGGUUGAAUUGGUUAAUGAUAGCUUUACUGAAUUAAAAGGUGAGAUUGCCGGUCCACCAGACACACCAUACGAGGGAGGUAAUUUUGUACUCGAGAUUAAAGUUCCCGAGACAUAUCCCUUCAAUCCUCCUAAGUAAGCACUUUGUGAGAUUUAUAACAAAAUAUGGCAUCCUAAUAUAUCUUCAGUAACAGGUGCUAUUUGUUUGGAUAUAUUGAAAGAUCAAUGGGCUGCAGCUAUGACUUUGCGCACUGUAUUGUUAUCAUUACAAGCUUUACUGUCUGCAGCAGAACCAGAUGAUCCACAAGACGCAGUAGUAGCUAAACAAUAUAAAGAACAUCCAGAAAUGUUCCGUCAAACUGCCAAACAUUGGACAUUUGUAUAUGCAGGUGGACCAGCAAAAAUGCCUGAUUUAGAUGAUAAAAUAAGGCGGCUAACAGAUAUGGGAAUUGAAGAACACAAUGCAAGAGUUGCUUUAUCUUCAUAUAAUUGGGAUUUGGAACGUGCCACUGAGCAACUCUUCAGUUAGUGAUAACUGUAUAGUUAAUAUGUCAUGCAAAAGCACUGUUCAUUUUGUCAUUACGAAACUUCCGCAACACUAUGCCCAGUUAUUGAUACCAUAGCAGUUUCAUAAUCAAAUUCAGCACUUGUAACGACAAUAUUUCGAUGACAAACAAAAUCAUGGAAAAUUCCUUUAAUAUCUUUAAAUAAUAGUCAUUUAUUUAACUUGUAAAAUAGGCAUGAAAAAAAACAAUAACUAAUAAAAUCUGUUAAGUCUAACUUGAUAAUCACAUUAAAAGAACUUUAUAAAAGAAGUGAUUUUUUUCAUCUUACGUUUAUUAAAAACAUUAAAAUGUUAUUUAAAUGAUAAAAGUUUUAAUGGUUACAAGAAUUUGAUGCAAGCAGUUAACGUUUCUUUUAUUUACAGAACGAUAAUUUAAUCUGGUUGAGCAGUUAUUAACUUUCUUUGUAUAAUCAUUAAUACUUUACAUUUUUCAUUGGCCUUUCCUUUAACAUUAUGUAGUUACAUUUAUUCAAUUGAUUUUUUUUUUUUGGUUUGUAUGAAUAUAUAAUUAUUUCUCGCAUGAGGCAAUAUUUAGUAAAUGUUUUGAUUUUAUAGAUCAAUAUUUGUGCUGUAUACUUUGUUACAUCAAUAUGAAAAUAAUUACUAGUUUGUACUUUUAUCACUAAUUUUUUGUACAUUUCUUUAAGCCAUAAAGAGGUUUACUUUAAUUAGAUCUGAUUGUAUAUUAUCGAAAUAGAUAAAAACGUAUUAGCCUUAAAUGGUAUUUGUAAAAAGAGUCGUAACAUAAACAUUAUACUGUUAAUACUUAAAUUCUGUACAUUUUUGGUGAUGGGGUGUGUUUUAAUGAUUUAUAAUUUACUAUGUCAAUUAUAUAUAUAUUUUUCCAUAUGCAUAAUUUUCUGUACUCGAAGCUGGAGAUGUACAUUCCAUGUUUACAACACCAAAUUGCAUUUACUAUAUUUCUAAGAAUAACAAAAUAGUUUUGGUUUCCAAGUAAAAAUACAGUGAACCUUAAUAACAAAAUGAUUAUAAAAUUCACGAAAGAUAUAAUACACUUCCGAAUGACAUUGACACUUCCAGCUUAUGAAAUUAUAUUUGUAAAAAAUUGCAGCUCUAUAAAUGGUUUAAAAAACCUAAUCAUUCUUAAAAUCAGUAAUAAAAUAGCAGCAUGUGUAGCAUAUAUUUCAAACUUAUUCGGGAAAGAUUACUUGGAUCUAAUAUUAUACAUGUAAACAAUUUUUUCUUUUUUUUAAUACAAUUUAAGCAAUACUCUAUCUUCGACAGUGCUGAAAUAGGAUUUUUCAAACUUCCGUUUACAUUUUCUAGUAAUUUAUGUGGAGGCUGUGUUAGAGGUGUACUAAUAGAUUAUAAAUACUGUUUGGUUUAUUUGAUUUAGAUUCGUGGAUUUUACAUAUUAGGAACAUAUGGGUUAAUUUAUGAAAGCAAUUGGUUACAACUUCCAUGAAAAUUCUAAAUGUAAUUUAAUAUUUCAAAAAUAUUAAUAAAUUACAUUUUUCAAGAAGA